UUAAGAAUUUCCAAGUCUACCCUUGUCACCUUUAUCUACCUAUAUUUGCAGACGCAGCUCGUUGCCCCGCCUGGGGUCACCACCGGAACCUCCUGGAGACCUGCCCUGCGGAGGACGCCCUUCCAGCAAAGGAGAGCUCACCACUUGGGAGCGGCGGCGCCCAGUUGGCGCCCACCCCGGGGCACGCUGCAGUCAAUGCCUGGCAGCGACUUCUCGCUUCGCCCUCCACCUCCCCCAUCGACCCUCUCUGGCCGACCUUUACGCCCAACUCCCGCGCGCUGCGAGCCUCGCGUCCUCGCGGUCCACGCGGGGCCCCACCCCUUCCCGGUUCCCGCCCGCGAUCGGGCCGGAGGCGAGGUGAAUGGGAAGAUGGAGAUGGAUGUUGAGGGAGUUUCUCCGCGCCCGGAGCCCAUCCCCCGCUCCCAGGGGGCUGGCGGAGCCUGCCAGGCGCCGCCACAGCCGCCCCAGCCCCAGCCCCAGCCCCAGCCGCAGCCGCAGCAGCAGCCGCUGGCUCAGGAUGAAGUGCCCGGCGGUGAGAGUGCAGGCGCGGAGGACAGCGACGAUCCCGAGGCGAGACCCAGCAGGGAGAAAGGAGAGAGCAAGAGACCCUCGGCCAGCAAGUCUUCGGGGGCUCCUUCCUAUAGCAGAUGGUCCAGUUCACAGCCACAUCAGUCUAGCUCCACAGUGAGAGCCUAUCAAACUAGUAAGUCCCGAGUGACCAUGAGCCCUGGCUUCAGCUCUCAGUGGAACAGCAGCCAACCAGCCUGGAACACAUACUCCUUUCCAAGAGCAAGCUUGCACUAUCAGUCCCAUGCCAGCUAUGCCUACUGUACUGGACACCCUGCUAUGUUUUGGGAAAUGAAUUCAGCCAUCCAUCCAGCUUAGUCCACAUCUUCUGCGCUGAAGCUUGGAUUUUCUGAGACCUCCUUGGAGUU